UGACUGUGAGUUAGUGUGAGUGCGUAAACAUCUGUGGUAAACAUAAAUUUUAUAAACACGAAACUGCACGAAACUUUGUUUUGGUUGUGUUACAUACAUCGCUUUAUUAGCCUGUGUAAGGGUGUAUAAAGUUUUAUUUUACUUUGUGAUUGCUAAACCUAAUUGAAAAUUUCCUGCGUUAGAUAUGGAAUUAAUUAAUGAUAAUUUAGAACCAGUGAAACUACUAAAUAUUAAGGGAAGUGUCGAAAAUGUCACACCUCAUAAGAUUGCAGUUGUAGCUUUCAUUCGGGAGUAUGGCCUUUUAAAAAUUGAAGAAAAACAAAAUAAAGAUUGUGUGGUUGCACCCAAAUAUAGAAAGGACUUUUGUAUAUUAUCACUGAAACUUAUACAGUGUCCUGAUAUGGAGUUCAAGGAGCUAGAGACACUGCUAACUGAUGGACGCUACAACUUGUUAAGUGUACACCUGCAGAAUUUUUGUGUUAGACUUCAAAAUAUUUAUGUUAAUGGUAUUAGUGCUCUAAUGGAUUGUGUUACAUCAACUGUAGAUAAGCUGAUGAUAGAGCCAAAUGAAACCAAUCCAUGUGUCAUUACAAGAUACAGUGUUCUAGGUUUCUACCUAAGGAGAAUAUUGCUUCACUUAGACAAAUUAACAUUCAUGCAAGUAGUGUCAUUAUACAAAUCAUUUUGUUUAUAUUACCAGAGGGGUCGUCCAGGAUUAAUGAUGAGAUCAUUCAGUAAAGAGAAACUUAAUAAUAUGGAAUUUCAAAUAAUAUCGUCAAACCCUGAAGAAACAAAGUCUCAUGAGUUUUCUAUGAAGAUGAACAUAAUAGAUAAAGAUAACAGUUUAGAUGAGUGUCACUGGUCCAGGAAACAAGCUGAACUAUUUACAGCGCAGCAAGCCAAUUUAUUGCAGAUUAAUGAGAGACAGGCAUUACCACCACGUCAGUUACAAAAAACUAUUAGUCAAAUUAUAAAUGACAUACCAGAAUAUCCCGAUGUGCAUUUCCUUAGUUUUUUGAACUGUAUUCGAUCAAAGGAGUUUUGUGGUGCACAGGAUUCUUUGUACAACUGUUUCGAUCGGACCGUCUUCAGUGUCUCUGGCAAUAACAACGCUCCAAAUGAUAGGAAUAAGAACUUCCGAUAUGCCGCUCUAAAUAGAGCAGCUAUGCAUACCCAAUUCGGUCAUAAGUCGAUGGCAAUGGAGGGUGUGAGGGAGGCGUUGUCGGCGGCGCAGGAGGCGGCGGACGCGUGGUGCCUCGCGCACGCGGCGGCGUGGGGCGCGCUCGCGGGCGGGCGGGCGCGCCGCGCGGCCCUGCUGGCGAGGGUGCCGCGGGCGCCGCGCGUCGCCGCCGCCGCUGCGCAGCUCAUGGCGCAGCACGCCGCCGUCAACGGAGCUAAACCCGCGGAAGUGUUACAGUCGUCAACGGAGCCAAACCCGCCGAAGUGUUACAGGUACACGAACAUCUCACUAUAUAACAAGCUCAUGGCGCAGCACGCCGCCGUCAACGGAGCCAAACCCGCCGAAGUCACGCCGCCGUCAACGGAGCCAAACCCGCGGAAGUGUUACAGGUACACGAACAUCUCACUAUAUAACAAGCUCAUGGCGCAGCACGCCGCCGUCAACGGAGCCAAACCCGCCGAAGUGUUACAGAUCAUCACCAAAGGCGACUCGUUAAACUACAUGCCAAUGACCGAUUUAACGAUGGCGGGUUUGGCGAACCAAGCGGCUCUGUGGGCACUGUACGGAAAAACGGAAAUGGCAUCGGUCUGCUGUCAGCUGCUUCUUAAUCUUAAUACCACUACAUCAUACGGGGUAGACAUAGGUUAUUAUUUACGGGAAAACAGCUACUCAAUUAUAGAAAUGAAUGUGGUAGAAUGUGGAUACGGGGAGGUGGGUGCGGGCAGCAGUGCCGGCGGCACGUGGCACUGGACGGAGUCGUGCGGCACUGCCGCGGCGGGCGCGGCGUGUACGGCGGCGUGGCGCGCCGACACAUCACUAGCGGCCGCUAUCGCCGCGCACUUGCCCUCCACCGCACAUCCCGCGCUCACCGCUCGACAUCACGCUGGCUUCGCGCUACUAGCCGGUAAAUGGGAAGAAGCGGAACAGAGCAUAGGACAACUGGCGUCUUUUGACAGAUGGGAGAGUCAAUUGCUAAAAGCAGAAAUGUACUUUCUGAAAGGCGAUGCCACUGAAGCUUUAGAAUCUUUACAUGACAUAUUAGACUACUGCAAAACCGAAGAUGACAGUCUGCAUUUCAUUUCGUUGAGAUUAAAGGCGAUGAUAUUAAUGUCACAAGUACAACAUUCAUUCAGUAGCAUUCAAUCUACAAAUAUUAUGUUACUGAACGAGGCGCUGUCACUAGCAAAAAAAUAUCACCUACAUUACUUAGCUGCUAUGGCUGAAAUGCAUAUUGCUAAUGUACAACUUCAUAUGGGAUGUGCUAAGAAUGCUCUUCUGCUUGUACGUAAAGUGUUACCGUCCAUUAUGGCUCAUGGAAGUACCUACGAUACUGCUAGAGCCCUCUUGUUAUACACGAAGUGUCGCAUUGCCUCUGCUCCUGUGUGUGGUGAAGCUCGAGCUCAAGUGUUUCAAUCUUGCUGCGAUGCACUGGAGACUGUUAAAAAGAAUUUUUCAAAAGUUGGUGCACAUUCAAGGCUACUACAAACUUGGUAUUUACAGGCACAGUUGUAUAAUGAUAUUGGUAACCAUGCAGCAAGAAAUCAAUGUGCUUGGAUGUAUAGGCAACUUGAAAUACAAAAUCCUAUAGAGCCAUCGAAUACUUUACUCAUCAUGUAUUAAAAAUAUAAAUAAAAAGUUUUUACGUAACAAGUUUUUAUUGAGAUCUUUUAACGU